GCAGCAGUGGAGGCUAUCAGAGUCUUAGCAGAGCCGGCUCCUCAACAGCCAUGGCUGAAGGUGCUGAAGCGGAGGAUGAAAUCCAGUUCUUACGAACUGAUGAUGAAGUGGUACUACAAUGUGUUGCCAAUAUCCAGAAAGACCACAAAAAAUUCUGCUUAUCGGUUGAAGGACUUGGGAACCGUCUGUGCUUCUUAGAAUUAACGUCAGAGGCGAAGAGAAUCCCACCAGACCUAUGUAUCUGCAAUUUUGUGCUUGAACAGUCCCUGUCGGUCAGAGCCCUGCAGGAGAUGCUGGCUAACACCGGGGAAAAUGCCAGCGAAGGGCCCAGAGACCUGGACAAAUGGGCCUCUCAGGGAGGUGGACAUAGGACACUUCUUUAUGGUCAUGCAAUUCUUCUCCGACACUCAUUUAGUGGAAUGUAUUUAACAUGCUUGACUACAUCAAGGUCUCUGACAGAUAAACUUGCUUUUGAUGUGGGAUUGCAAGAAGAUUCAAUAGGUGAAGCUUGCUGGUGGACCAUUCAUCCAGCAUCCAAACAGAGAUCUGAAGGAGAGAAGGUGCGCAUCGGGGAUGACCUUAUUCUAGUGAGCGUUUCCUCUGAGAGGUAUCUGCAUCUCUCAAUAUCCAAUGGCAGUAUUCAGGUAGAUGCAUCUUUCAUGCAAACUCUAUGGAAUGUGCACCCCACCUGUUCUGGAAGUAGCGUGGAAGAAGGUUAUUUGCUUGGUGGGCAUGUGAUGCGUCUCUUUCAUGGUCAUGAUGAGAUUCUGACCAUCCCAUCAUCUCCUAAGAGUGAAGAUCAGUAUAGGAUAGUAAAUUAUGAAGCUGGAAGUGCUGGUGCUCGAGCAAGAUCUUUAUGGAGGGUUGAACCACUUCGCAUAAGUUGGAGUGGAAGCUAUAUUCGGUGGGGUCAGCCUUUCCGCCUGCGACACAUUACAACGGGGCAAUAUCUAGCAUUGGUGGACCGAACUCUGGUUCUUCAUGACAGAGAAAAGGCGGACACUGAAUCUACAGCCUUCUGCUUUAGAGCAUCAAAGGAAAAAAUUGAAUCCAGUCCAAAAAGAGAUGUUGAAGGCAUGGGAGUAGCAGAAAUUAAAUAUGGAGAUUCCAUUUGUAUUGUUAUGCAUGUUGCUUCUGGCCUAUGGCUGUCCUACCAAGCUCCAGAUGCCAAAUCAGCUCGACUUGGACCCCUCAAGCGAAGGGCUAUACUUCACCAAGAAGGCCACAUGGAUGAUGGAUUGAUAUUGCAACGCUGCCAGCAUGAAGAGUCUAGAGCUGCCAGGAUCAUCCGCAACACAACAAAGCUUUUCAGUCAGUUUAUCAGGGAUCUAGAUAACCUGAGUGGAAAGAACCGUACCUACAUUGCCCUGCCUAUUGAGGAGGUUCUGCAGACCCUGAACGACCUAAUCACUUACUUCCAGCCUCCGGAGGAAGAGUUGGAACAUGAGGAAAAACAGAACAAGCUGCGCUCUCUAAAAAACAGACAAAAUCUCUUUAAGGAUGAGGGAAUGUUGACUUUGGUUUCAAACUGCAUUGACCGGCUCAACGUCUACAACAGUGCUGCUCAUUUUGGGGAGUAUGCUGGAGAGGAAGCUGGCUCUGCAUGGAAAGACAUUCUGAACCUACUCUAUGAGUUGCUUGCUUCCCUUAUCCGUGGAAACAGAAAUAAUUGCACGCAAUUCUCCAAUAAUCUUGACUGGCUAGUUAGUAAACUAGACAGGUUGGAAUCUUCAUCAGGUAUUCUUGAAGUUUUGUACUGUAUUCUCAUUGAAAGCCCAGAAGCUCUCAACAUUAUCCAAAAAGGACAUAUCAAGUCCAUCAUCUCUCUCUUGGAUAAACAUGGUCGGAACCACAAGGUAUUGGAUGUCUUAUGCUCUCUUUGUGUUUGCAAUGGCGUGGCGGUGAGAGCCAACCAAAACCUGAUAUGCGACCAAUUGCUGCCACGUAGAGAUUUGCUUCUUCAAACCCGUCUGGUAAACGACGUCACCAGCAUGAGGCCCAACAUUUUCUUGGGAAUUAGUGAGGGAUCUGCCCAGUAUAAAAAGUGGUACUACGAACUGAUGAUUGACCAGGUGGAUCCUUUUGUGACCAAUGAGCCUUCUCAUUUACGUGUUGGCUGGGCAACCACUGAAGGAUACGCUCCAUACCCUGGAGGUGGCGAGGGCUGGGGAGGCAACGGUGUUGGAGAUGAUCUCUACUCUUAUGGCUUUGAUGGCCUUCAUCUCUGGUCAGGUCGUGUCCCAAGAACUGUGGCCUCCAUAAAUCAGCAUUUAUUGACUUCAGAUGAUGUUGUCAGUUGUUGCCUUGAUCUGGGAGCACCUAGCAUCUCGUUUCGCAUCAACGGACAGCCAGUGCAGGGCAUGUUUGAAAACUUCAACACGGAUGGCCUUUUCUUCCCUGUAGUGAGCUUCUCUGCAGGAGUCAAGGUGCGCUUCCUGCAAGGAGGCCGUCAUGGAGACUUCAAGUUCCUCCCUCCUGCUGGCUAUGCCCCAUGCUAUGAAGCUCUUCUGCCCAAGGAAAAAAUGCGAGUGGAGCCAGUGAAGGAAUACAAGCGAGACUAUGAUGGUGUGCGCGAUCUGCUGGGCACCAUGCAGUUCCUUUCUCAGGCCUCCUUCAUCCCUGUGCCAGUUGAGACCAGUCAGAUUGUCAUGCCUCCACACCUGGAAAAGGUCCGAGACAAAUUAGCUGAGAACAUCCAUGAGCUGUGGGGUAUGAAUAAGAUCGAACUGGGGUGGACCUAUGGCAAGGUACGAGAUGACAACAAAAGGCAGCAUCCCUGUCUGGUAGAUUUCUCUAAAUUACCUGAAACUGAAAAAAAUUACAACCUCCAGAUGUCAACAGAAACUCUCAAAACCUUGCUAGCGUUGGGCUGCCAUGUAGUUCAAGUGAAUAUGAAUGCAGAAGAAGAUCUGAAAAAAAUGAAACUUCCAAAAAACUACAUGAUGUCAAAUGGAUACAAGCCCUCUCCACUGGAUCUUUCUGAGGUGAAGUUAAUUCCAGCCCAGGAAGUUUUGGUUGAUAAACUUGCAGAGAAUGCUCAUAAUGUGUGGGCAAAGGACCGAAUUAAACAAGGAUGGACCUAUGGCAUUCAGCAGGAUCUGAAGAGCAAAAGAAAUCCUCGUUUGGUGCCAUAUGCUUUAUUGGAUGAGCGCACUAAGAAAUCCAACAGAGACAGCCUCCGUGAGGCUAUCCGGACCCUGAUUGGGUACGGAUACAAUAUUGAACCUCCUGACCAAGAGAGUGCAGGCCAGGCUGUGGAAAGACUGAGCAUUGAUAAGAUACGUUUCUUCCGUGUGGAAAAAACCUAUGCAGUUAAGACUGGAAAAUGGUAUUUUGAGUUUGAGGCCGUGAGUGGUGGGGACAUGCGUGUGGGCUGGGCCCGGCCAGGAUGCAGACCAGAUGUGGAGCUGGGACUGGACAACCAGGCUUUUGUCUUUGAUGGAUCCCGGGGUCACCGUUUACACCAAGGAAGCAGCUUUUUUGGUAGGACAUGGCAAGCAGGUGAUGUUGUGGGAUGCAUGAUUGACCUGCAAGACAAAUCAAUGAUCUUCACAUUGAAUGGUGAAAUUCUGAUUACUAAUAAAGGCUCAGAACUCUGCUUUGCUGAUUUUGAGGUUGAAGAUGGUUUUAUUCCAGUAUGCAGCUUGGGUCUGUCCCAGAUUGGCCGCAUGAACCUUGGGAAGGAUGCUAGCACUUUUAAAUAUUAUACAAUGUGUGGCCUUCAAGAAGGCUUUGAGCCUUUUGCUGUCAACAUGAACCGGGAUGUUGCAAUGUGGUUUAGCAAACGCCUGCCAACCUUUAUCAAUGUGCCAAAAGAACAUCCCCAUAUUGAGGUCACCAGAAUUGAUGGCACUGUUGAAAGUCCUCCAUGUCUCAAAGUGACACAUAAGACUUUUGGAACACAAAACAGCAAUGCAGACAUGGUCUACUGUCGUCUAAGCAUGCCUGUGGAGUUUCAUUCGUCUUUCCGAAGUGGUACUGCCAUGGAUUCAGAUGGAAUUCAAGAAGACGAUUCACAAAAAACAAAGCAAAGGUUUCCACUCAAAUCUCAAAAACAAGUUGAAGAAAGUUCUUCACGAAGAAUUGAAUUCGGACAUAUCACUGCGUAUUACUACUCAGUGCGAGUGUUUGCUGGACAAGAUCCCUCAUGUGUGUGGGUUGGCUGGGUUACCCCAGAUUACCAUUUCUAUAGCAACUGCUUUGACCUCAAUAGGAACCGUACUGUCACUGUCACCCUUGGAGAUGAGAGAGGCAGAGUUCAUGAAAGUGUCAAGCGUAGCAAUUGCUACAUGGUAUGGGGUGGAGAUAUCAGCAGCCUCCAGGGAUCAAGUCGCAACAAUGUGGACAUUGAAAUUGGGUGUCAUAUUGACUUGGCCACUGGCUAUGUGUCCUUCACUGCAAAUGGAAAGGAUCUGGGCACAUCCUACCAGGUUGAACCAAAUACCAAACUGUUCCCCGCAGUUUUUGUUCAGCCCACCAGCCCAAACCUUUUUCAGUUUGAACUUGGAAAGUUAAAGAAUGUCAUGCCUCUGUCAGCUGCCAUUUUUAAGAGUGAACACCGAAACCCAGUUCCACAGUGUCCACCACGUCUUGAUGUUCAGACCAUCACUCCAGUGCUAUGGAGCAGGAUGCCAAAUGUCUUCCUAAAGGUGGAGGCAGCACGAGUGAGCGAGCGUCAUGGCUGGGUUGUGCAGUGUCUUGAGCCCUUGCAGAUGAUGGCUUUACAUAUCCCAGAAGAAAACAGGUGUGUGGAUAUCUUGGAGCUUUCUGAACAAGAAGGUCUGAUGAAGUUCCACUACCAUACACUGAAGCUGUACUGUGCACUGUGUGCUUUGGGCAAUAAUCGAGUUGCCCAUGCACUCUGCAGCCAUGUUGACCAGUCACAACUCCUAUAUACAAUUGACAACCAGUACUUACCAGGAAUGCUGCGUCAAGGCUUUUAUGAUCUUUUGAUCAGUAUCCAUUUGGAGACAGCAAAGGAAGCUCGGCUAAUGAUGAACAAUGAGUUUAUCAUUCCAGUUACAGACGAAACCAGGAGUAUCAAGCUUUUCCCAGAUGACUCUAAAAAGCACUCUUUGCCUGGAGUAGGCCUAAGCACAUCUCUUAAGCCUCGCCUCAGCUUUUCUCCCCCGUGCUUUAUCACAACAAACAGGGAACAGCAGCUGCACAGCCCACAGAUUCCUUUGGAUAUCCUGAAGGAGAAAGCAAUUAGCAUGCUCACCGAGGCAGUGCAAGGAGGUGGCCACCAUAUCAGAGACCCUGUGGGAGGAUGUGUAGAGUUCCAGUUUGUGCCAAUACUGAAGCUGAUUGGCACACUGCUUAUCAUGGGUGUCUUGAGUGAUGAUGAUGUAAAGCAGAUUUUGCUCAUGAUCGACCCUUGUGUGUUUGGGGAUCAGAAGGAGGAGGAAGAGCAGGAAGUGAAAGCAAAGGAGGAAGUCACCAGCACAGAAGAGAAAGCAGUGGAGGCAGGAGAAGAGGAGGCCAAAGAAAGCAAACAGCCAAUGAAUGGCCUGCUAGAGAAGCAUCUACCUGAGUCAGUAAAGCGGCAGAUGUGCGAACUGCUUCACUACUUCUGUGACUGUGAAUUGAGGCACCGAACUGAAGCAAUUGUCUCCUUCUCAGACAGUUUUGUGUCUAAGCUACAGUUUAAUCAGAAAUUCCGCUACAACGAGCUGAUGGUUGCUUUGAACAUGUCGGCUGCUUUGACAGCCAGGAAGACCAGGGAGUUUCGCUCACCCCCACAGGAGCAGAUCAACAUGUUGUUGAACUUCAAACUUGGAGAAGACUGUCCAUGUCCAGAAGAAAUUCGGGAGGAGCUGUAUGAAUUUCAUGAUGACCUGUUACUGCACUGUGGAAUCCCCUUAGAAGAAGAGGAGGAAGAGGAACAAGACACAUCUAUUAGAGGAAGAUUGAUGUCAUUAGUGUACAAAAUCAAAGGUGCCCCUAAGAAACAGGAAGAAGAGCCAGCAGAGACCGAACAAGCAGCUCCUACAACCCUUAAAGAGCUGAUAUCUCAAACCAUGGUCAGCUGGGCACAGGAGUCCCACAUCCAGGACCCAGAGCUAGUGCGGGUCAUGUUUAGCCUCCUCCGUCGACAGUAUGACAGCAUUGGUGAGCUUCUGAGAGCCCUGAGGAAGGCUUACUCCAUUAGUGCAGUCUCAGUCCAGGACACCAUCAACCUUUUGGCUUCACUGGGGCAAAUCAGGUCCCUGCUUAGUGUCAGGAUGGGAAAAGAGGAGGAGAAGCUGAUGAUUGAUGGAUUAGGGGAUAUCAUGAAUAAUAAGGUGUUCUACCAGCACCCCAACCUAAUGAGAGUAUUGGGCAUGCAUGAAACCGUUAUGGAAGUCAUGGUGAAUGUACUAGGAGGUGACAAAUCUCAGGAGAUUGCUUUUCCAAAGAUGGUUGCAAGCUGCUGCCGCUUCUUGUGCUACUUCUGCCGCAUUAGUCGCCAGAAUCAGAAGUCCAUGUUUGACCAUUUGAGCUAUCUGUUGGAAAACAGCAGUGUUGGACUGGCUUCUCCAUCCAUGAGGGGGUCCACUCCCCUUGAUGUAGCUGCGGCCUCAGUAAUGGAUAACAAUGGUCUUGCCCUGGCCUUGGAGGAGCCUGAUCUUGAAAAGGUUGUCACUUAUUUGGCAGGCUGUGGCCUGCAGAGCUGUCCUAUGCUCCUAGCGAAGGGAUACCCUGACAUUGGGUGGAAUCCAAUUGAAGGCGAACGCUAUCUGUCCUUCCUGAGGUUUGCCGUGUUUGUGAACGGUGAAAGCGUAGAGGAAAAUUCCAGUGUAGUGGUAAAGCUGCUCAUCCGUCGCCCAGAAUGUUUUGGCCCAGCUCUCAGAGGAGAAGGUGGCAGUGGUCUGCUUGGAGCCAUGAAAGAAGCUAUCAAGAUAUCUGAGACCCCAGCCCUCGAUCUCCCAAGCACAACUUCUGGUGUCCGUCGAGACCCGUCUGGAGAAGAAGAGGAAGAGAUUGUUCAUAUGGGCAAUGCCAUCAUGUCUUUCUACUCUGCACUAAUCGAUCUGCUAGGACGCUGUGCUCCUGAAAUGCAUCUGAUCAACACCGGCAAAGGUGAAGCCUUAAGGAUCAGGGCAAUUCUACGUUCUCUUGUUCCAAUGGAGGACCUGGUGGGGAUCAUCAGUAUACCACUCAAGAUGCCAACUGUAAAUAAAGAUGGCACUAUUAAUGAGCCUGAUAUGUCUGCCACUUUCUGUCCUGAUCACAAAGCUCCCAUGGUGCUGUUCCUGGACCGUGUCUAUGGUGUUGAGGACCAAUGCUUCUUGCUGCACCUGCUGGAGGUUGGCUUCCUGCCUGACCUAAGGGCCUCAGCUUCACUUGACACUGAGGCACUAAGCACCACUGAAAUUGCCCUUGCCAUGAAUCGAUACAUCUGCUCAGCAGUACUCCCUCUGCUCACCCGCUGUGCCCCUCAGUUUGCUGGUACUGAGCACUAUGCUGCUCUCAUUGACUCUAUCCUACAUACAAUCUACCGUUUGUCUAAAGGGCGAUCCCUCACCAAGGCACAGAGAGAUGCCAUUGAAGAGUGUUUGCUGUCCAUUUGUCGUUACUUACGGCCAUCCAUGCUGCAGCAGCUUCUGCGACGCCUUGUUUUUGAUGUGCCUCUGCUGAAUGAGUAUUGCAAGAUGCCCCUGAAGCUCCUCACCAUUCACUAUGAACAGAGCUGGAAGUACUACUGCUUGCCCUCCGGGUGGGGAAGCUAUGGCAUGGCUUCUGAAGAAGAGGUACUCCUCACCAAGAAACUGUUCUGGGGCAUCUUUGAUUCACUGUCCCAAAAGUCCCUGUCUCUUCUGCAGAAGUAUGAUCGCGAGCUCUUCAAAAUGGCCAUGCCCUGCCUCAGUGCAAUUUCAGGAGCGUUGCCUCCUGACUAUGUGGAUGCCAGCAUUACCACAACAUUGGAAAAACAAACAUCUGUGGAUGCAGAGGGCAACUUUGACCCCAAACCCAUCAGUACUGCCAAUAUUUCCUUACCAGAAAAACUGGAAUAUAUUGCCAAUAAAUAUGCUGAGCACUGUCAUGACAAGUGGGCUUCUGAAAAGGUGGCACUUGGAUGGAAAUUUGGGGAGGUCAUGGAUGAGAAGAUCAAGACUCAUCCUUUGUUGAAGCCUUACAAGUCCCUGGCCGAGAAGGAGCGAGAGAUUUACCGCUGGCCUGUUAAAGAGUCUCUGAAGAGUAUGCUGGCAAUGGGAUGGAACAUUGAAAGGACCAAAGAGGGUGAAGCCAUGUUUCAGCAGCGGGAAAGUGAGAAAUUGCGCAAGAUAUCCCAGUCUUCCCAGGGAAAUGGCUAUACUCCAUGCCCACUUGACAUGAGUAAUGUGGUUCUGUCUCGAGAGCUUCAGGCAAUGGUGGAGGUUGUGGCUGAAAAUUACCAUAACAUCUGGGCAAAAAAGAAAAAAAUGGAAUUGGGAAGCAGAGGUGGAGGAAGCCAUCCUUUGCUGGUUCCAUAUGAUACCCUAACUGCUAAGGAGAAGGCCCGGGAUCGAGAGAAAGCUCAGGAGUUAUUCCGCUUCCUCCAAAUCAAUGGCUAUGCGAUAACAAGAGGCCUAAAGGAUAUGGAGCAGGAUGCUUCGUCCAUGGAAAAAAGAUUUGCUUUUAAAUUUCUGAAGAAGGUACUUAAGUAUGUGGACUCUGCUCAAGAAUUCAUCGCUCACUUAGAGGCAAUUGUUAGCAGUGGGAAAGCUGACAAGUCACCUCAUGAACAGGAGAUCAAGUUCUUUGCGAAGGUUCUCCUUCCACUGAUUGACCAGUACUUUAAGAAUCAUUGUCUGUAUUUCUUGUCAUCUCCUAUCAAAACUCUAAGCAGCAGUGGGUAUGCUUCCAACAAGGAGAAGGAGAUGGUGACCAGCUUGUUCUGUAAGCUGGCAGCCCUUGUCCGGCAUCGGAUUUCUCUCUUUGGAAGUGACUCAACCACCAUGGUCAGCUGCUUGCAUAUCUUGGCUCGCACUCUGGACACAAGAACAGUGAUGAAGUCGGGCUCCGAACUCGUCAAAGCUGGUCUACGGACCUUCUUUGAAAGUGCAGCAGAAGACCUGGAGAAAACGUUGGAAAACCUGAAGCUGGGGAAGUUUACUCAUUCACGGACUCAGAUGAAAGGCGUGUCGCAGAACAUCAACUACACCACUGUUGCUUUACUGCCAGUUCUCACGUCUCUGUUUGAACACAUCACCCAGCAUCACUUUGGAGCUGAUCUCAUUUUGGAUGAUGUCCAGGUCUCCUGUUACAGAAUACUAUGCAGCUUAUACUCUUUAGGAACUGGAAAGAACAUCUAUGUGGAGAGGCAGCGUCCAGCUCUUGGAGAAUGUUUAGCUACUCUUGCUGGGGCCAUGCCCGUUGCUUUCCUUGAGCCUCAUCUGAAUAUGCACAAUCCACGCUCUGUCUUCAAUACAAAGACACCCAGAGAAAGAACCAUUUUAGGUAUGCCAGACACAGUUGAAGAGAUGUGUCCUGAAAUGCCCAGACUGGAUGGUUUAAUGAAGGACAUCAAUGAUAUGGCUGAGUCUGGUGCACGCUACACAGAAAUGCCCCAUGUCAUCGAGGUCAUACUACCCAUGCUGUGUAAUUACUUAUCUUACUGGUGGGAGAAGGGGCCUGACAACAUUACAGAAAGCAGUGGCCCGUGCUGCACUAUGGUGACAUCUGAACACCUCAGUGUUAUUCUUGGGAAUAUUCUUAAAAUCUUGAACAAUAACCUUGGGAUUGAUGAGGCCUCCUGGAUGAAGAGAAUUGCAGUGUACGCUCAACCAAUUAUUAGCAAGGCUCGACCUGACUUGCUGAAGUCUCACUUCCUCCCAACAUUAGAGAAGCUGAAGAAGAAGACAGUAAAGGUUGUAGCUGAAGAGGAAAUGCUCAAAGCAGACAGCAAAAGUGAUACCCAGGAGGCAGAGCUGCUUAUCCUCGAUGAGUUUGCAGUACUCUGCCGUGACCUCUAUAGCUUCUAUCCUAUGCUCAUCCGUUAUGUUGACAACAACAGGUCCAGAUGGCUGAAAGAACCUGAUAGUGACUCUAAUGAGCUCUUCCGCAUGGUGGCUGAGAUCUUUAUCCUCUGGUGUAAAUCACAUAACUUUAAAAGAGAGGAGCAGAACUUUGUUGUUCAGAAUGAAAUCAACAACUUGUCUUUUCUUACGGGGGACAGCAAGAGCAAGAUGUCCAAGUCCAUGCUCUUAAAGACAGGAGGCCAAGAUCAAGAAAGAAAGAGGACGAGGCGCCGUGGGGAAUUCUAUUCCAUCCAGACCUCACUGAUUGUUGCAGCUCUCAAAAAGAUGUUGCCCAUUGGUCUGAAUAUGUGCACUCCAGGAGAUCAGGAGCUGAUAUCGCUGGCCAAAUUCAGAUAUGGACUGAAGGAUACAGAUGAUGAGGUUAAGGACCAUAUUCGACAAAAUCUGCACUUGCGAGAAAAGUCUGAAGAUCCAGCAGUACGAUGGCAAAUGAACCUUUAUAAAGAUGUUGUGGUGAAGAGUGAAGAGCCUGCAGACCCAGAACACACAGUCAACAGGGUGCAGAGAAUUUCGGCUGCUGUCUACCACUUGGAGCAGGUUGAGCAGCCUUUAAGGUCCAAGAAGGCAGUGUGGCACAAGCUUCUAUCUAAGCAGCGUAAGCGAGCAGUGGUUGCAUGCUUCAGGAUGGCACCUCUCUACAACCUUCCAAGACACAAAAAUAACAAUUACUUCCUGAGCUCCUACCAACAUAUUUGGCUGGAAAAGGUGCUUGAGAAAACAGACUAUGACAGUCUGGUCUUCACCUUGACGAAACCACAGAAGAAGGUCGAGGAGGAGGAAGAAGAAGAAAUUACUAAGCAACCUGAUCCCCUGCACCAACUCAUUCUCCAUUUCAGUCGCAACGCACUUACAGAGAGAAGCUCCCUGGAGGAAGACCCCUUGUACAUUGCUUAUGCGGACAUGAUGGCUAAGAGCUGCCAAGGAGAGGAAGAGGAGGAAGAGGAAGGAAAAGAGAAGACUUUUGAGGAAAAGGAAAUGGAGAAGCAGAAGACCCUGUAUCAGCAAGCCAGACUACAUGAGCGUGGAGCUGCUGAGAUGGUGCUUCAGACUAUCAGUGCCAGCAAAGGUCGAAUGGGACCCAUGGUUGUGUCCACUCUGAAGCUUGGAAUUGCUGUUCUGAAUGGUGGCAAUGUUGUAGUUCAGCAGAAAAUGUUAGACUAUUUGAAGGAGAAAAGGGAUGCUGGAUUUUUCAAGAGCUUAUCAGGACUUAUGCAAUCUUGCAGUGUUCUGGACUUGAAUGCUUUUGAAAGACAGAACAAAGCAGAAGGCUUGGGGAUGGUAACAGAGGAGGGGUCUAUGAUCGUGCGUGAGAGGGGCGAAAAGGUCCUGCAGAAUGAUGAGUUCACCCGGGAUCUGUUUAGGUUUUUGCAGCUGCUCUGUGAGGGUCACAAUAAUGAUUUCCAGAAUUUCCUACGCACUCAGACGGGCAACACCACCACUAUCAACAUAAUCAUCAGCACUGUCGAUUACCUUCUGAGGCUUCAAGAAUCCAUCAGUGACUUUUAUUGGUAUUAUUCAGGCAAGGAUGUGAUUGAUGAGCCUGGGCAACGCAAUUUCUCAAAAGCUUUGGGUGUCGCCAAACAAAUCUUUAACUCUCUUACUGAGUACAUUCAGGGCCCCUGUAUUGGCAAUCAACAAAGUCUUGCACACAGCAGGCUCUGGGAUGCAGUGGUUGGCUUUCUUCAUGUCUUUGCUAACAUGCAGAUGAAGCUCUCCCAGGAUGCCAGCCAGAUUGAGCUUCUUAAGGAACUGCUGGAUCUGCAGCAGGAUAUGGUGGUAAUGAUGUUGUCACUACUGGAAGGUAAUGUUGUAAAUGGAACAAUUGGCAAGCAGAUGGUUGAUACCCUGGUAGAAUCAUCUAGCAAUGUUGAAAUGAUCCUGAAAUUUUUUGAUAUGUUCCUCAAGUUGAAAGACCUAACCUCUUCUGAUGCAUUCAAGGAGUAUGAUCCUGAUGGAAAGGGAGUCAUCUCCAAGAAAGAGUUUCAGAAAGCUAUGGAAAGCCAAAAGCAGUACACUCAAUCAGAAAUUGAAUUCUUGUUAUCAUGUGCAGAGGCUGAUGAGAAUGACAUGUUUAGCUAUAAAGAGUUUGUAGAUCGUUUCCAUGAGCCUGCUAAGGAUAUUGGCUUUAAUGUAGCAGUCUUGCUAACUAAUCUGUCAGAGCACAUGCCCCACGACUCGCGGCUCAGUUCUUUCUUAGAACUGGCAGAAAGUGUCCUCAGUUACUUUGAGCCCUACCUAGGCCGCAUCGAAAUCAUGGGAGGAGCAAAGCGCAUUGAAAGAGUGUACUUUGAGAUCAGUGAGUCCAGCAGGACCCAGUGGGAGAAGCCACAAGUCAAGGAGUCCAAGCGGCAGUUUAUCUUUGAUGUUGUCAAUGAAGGUGGGGAGAGUGAAAAGAUGGAGCUCUUUGUGAACUUUUGUGAAGACACCAUUUUUGAAAUGCAGCUGGCUUCUCAGAUUUCUGAACCUGAUGCUGCUGAAAGGCCUGAGGAGGAAGAGGAUGAGCCACACAGCCUCCUGGAGGAACUGGGAUCAGAAGAGGAAGAGGAGGCAAAUUUGGAAUCUUCAUCUGCCUUCACCAUUGCCUGUGUCUCCAUGAAGAAAAACUUUGCCAACUUCAUGCAUCUCCUCACAUUCAAAAAUAUCCGAAAGCAGUACAGGAAAUUUAAAAAGAUGACAAUAAAAGAAAUGGUCAAAGUCUUCUUCUCAUUCUUCUGGAUGAUAUUUGUUGGCCUCUUCCAUUUUAUCUUCACCCUGGUGUGGGGUCUGAUCCAUAUUGUGUGGAGCUCUAUGUUUGGGGGUGGCUUAGUUGAAGGUGCAAAGAACAUUAAAGUGACUGAUAUUUUAGGAAACAUGCCUGACCCCACCCAGUUUGGCAUCCAUGGUGACAUCCUUGAAGCUGAAAAGGGUGACAGCAGUGAAUCGACCACCACCUCUGACCUUGUACAAUUAGCAAAAGGAGAGAAAGCUGAGCCAGAUCUGAUGUCAGAACUACUAGGCAUUGGCCCAAAGAAGGAAGGCCACUCUAAACACAGCCCAGAGCCUGGUUUAGGUGACAUCUCUGAAAUAAUUGGCACAGACACUCCAUCAUCUUUAGUAAGUGCAGUGCAUCAAAAGCAACUAGCCCAGGAAACAGAUAUCACCAAGGAAGCUGAAACUGAAGUCAAAUCAGAAGCAGAAAAGGCAGACACUGAGGAUGGUGAGAAAAAGGAUAAAGCCAAGGAAGAGGAGCCACCAGAGCUGGUGGUGGAGGAGAAGAAGAUCCGAAGAAGACGACAUGGCCAGAAGCAGGAAGAGACUGAUGCUUUCAUGGCUAAUUUCCUGGCUGGCCUGGAGGUGUAUCAGACUAAGAUGCUGAAUUACCUGGCACGCAAUUUCUACAACCUGAGACUUCUCGCUCUCUUUGUGGCCUUCGCCAUCAACUUCAUCCUCCUCUUCUACAAGGUCACUGAGGACCCCUUUGACUUUGAUGAAGUGGAUGAAGACUCUGAUCUAUGGAAUGGAGACGAGGAGGAGGAGGAUGAAGGAGGAAUGGUUUACUUUGUUUUGCAAGAGAGUACGGGUUACAUGGCGCCUACGCUCCGAUUCCUGGCUGUGAUUCACACCAUCAUUUCCUUCUUGUGUGUUAUUGGGUACUACUGCCUUAAGGUGCCUCUGGUUGUGUUCAAACGUGAAAAGGAAAUUGCCAGAAAGUUGGAGUUUGAUGGCCUCUACAUAACUGAACAACCGUCAGAUGAUGACAUCAAGGGACAGUGGGACCGGCUGGUGAUUAACACUCCAUCUUUCCCUAACAACUACUGGGACAAGUUUGUGAAACGUAAGGUCAUUAACAAAUAUGGGGAUCUCUAUGGAGCUGAGAGAAUUGCUGAACUCUUGGGUUUGGACAAAAGUGCUCUGGACUUCAACCCAACAGAAGAGACUGCCCCCAAAGAAGCCACACUGGUGUCAUGGUUGAGCUCUAUUGACAUGAAAUACCACAUAUGGAAACUGGGAGUCGUCUUUACUGACAACUCCUUCCUUUACCUGGCCUGGUACACCACCAUGUCUAUUUUGGGCCACUACAACAACUUCUUCUUUGCCGCUCACUUGCUUGAUAUUGCCAUGGGCUUUAAGACAUUGAGAACCAUCCUGUCAUCUGUAACUCACAAUGGAAAACAGCUGGUCCUGACUGUGGGUCUUCUGGCCGUCGUCGUGUAUCUCUACACAGUGGUUGCGUUUAACUUUUUCCGCAAAUUCUACAACAAGAGCGAGGAUGAGGAUGAGCCAGACAUGAAGUGUGAUGACAUGAUGACGUGCUACCUCUUCCACAUGUACGUGGGCGUGAGAGCCGGAGGAGGCAUUGGUGAUGAGAUUGAAGACCCAGCUGGUGACCCCUAUGAGAUGUACCGUAUUGUCUUUGACAUCACAUUUUUCUUCUUCGUCAUUGUCAUCUUGCUCGCCAUCAUCCAGGGUCUCAUCAUUGAUGCAUUUGGUGAGCUCAGAGAUCAGCAGGAGCAAGUAAGGGAGGAUAUGGAGACCAAAUGCUUCAUUUGUGGAAUUGGAAAUGAUUACUUUGACACAACGCCACAUGGCUUUGAAACUCACACCUUGCAAGAACACAACCUGGCCAACUACUUGUUCUUCCUUAUGUACCUCAUUAACAAAGAUGAGACGGAGCACACAGGUCAGGAAUCCUAUGUCUGGAAAAUGUACCAGGAACGCUGUUGGGACUUCUUCCCUGCUGGAGAUUGCUUCCGCAAACAAUAUGAGGAUCAACUGGGUUAAGAAGAUGGAAGAAAGAAGAAGAUGACCCUGAAGCCCAAAUGUUACAGUCCUAGCCUCUCGGCCAUCUUAAAAUGAACCUUUUCAAGACAUUUCAAAGACUACACAGAACACCGACACCUUAUUCUAGUCAUUGACCUGUUUCUGUUCUCAAGUAGAACAGUAUUACUGUGUAACUUAAGUAUCAGUCUGCCUGCCUUCUGUGGCACUUGAUCAAUGUGCCAGUCAGAAAAUGUGACAUGAUGGUUUUGCCAAUAUUGCCAGUUUUAGUAAUAUUGUUUGACAUAACUGACAAUGCCAACAUUAUCUAUUUAAAGAUACUGGUUUACAUACUAGAUUCCUGUCAACUAUGCCAGCGCUACCAAUUUAAAAAUAUCAUUUCACGUAACAGAAUCCUGCCAACUACACCAAUAUCUCAAAUUUAAAAACCUUGUUUUCUAGAGCGGACUCUUGCCGCUGUUCUAAAUAAAAACGCUGCUGCCUUUAUGUGAAUAACUGUUGUGCCCAAAGUUCCUGUCCAAUCACCACCUUAAAAUCAUUUCACUAAUACUGUCUUAGGGUGAGUCUUGGGUUCAAAAGGGUAACAGAAUAGCUACGUAUACUUACUAGUAUUCAAAAUGGCGUUCUCAUCAUUUUGUAAAUGAUGAACUGCUACUAAUGCCAAAUGUAAGUUUUCCAAUGGAAUCUGUUUUUUUUUUUUCCUCUGGAUCUUACAUAUUUAUUUAUUGUACAAAAUAUGAGUAAAUUCUGCACUUAAAUAGAUAACAAACCAUACCAUGGGCAAUAUGAAAUGAAAUGACAAGAUGUGUGCUGCGUUACUUGAAUUUAGCUCAGCUCGGGGCUGUGAAGAGAGACACACAUGAGAAUUCAGGGGUUAUAAAUUCUCGCCUCCCAUUCUCGCGUCUUCUCUUUUUAGACAGCCUCUGCUUUUUCUCAUAGAUUUUAUGAUUUCAGCACAACACUACUGUUUUGCCACUGUCAUAAUGUAUUCUCUAAAUAAUUGCACGUCAUAUUGCUCUGCCUUAUCCUCCAAUUGCAUUGUCCGCACGUUGUUGUCUUGAGUAAAUGGGGCGGCCUAAGAAAUGAAUCUGAUAAAGAUUGCAGCUUUCUGGCUUUCAUCAAUUUAAAUGCUGAAAAAACUAGACAAUAAAAAAGAACACAAAAAGAAUAUCCGGUCACACACUUGGCAUUGACAGCCUGCUUGUGUAUUUGUGAUGCUGUCGUUCUGCAGGGGGGACAAGUAGAUAUCUCCUUACAAAUGUGAUUUCCCUAAUGAUUUUAUAGACAUGCGUAAACUUGCUGGCCUCCUUUAAUCAACACACUGCUUAUCUGUUCACUAUCUGCCCACAUAAAGCAUGCCCACCCUGUCACAUCAUCAUGUAGAGGUUAGCUGUUGCAGAUCGGUAACCCUUCCCAGCCGGUCAAGGCCGCCCACCUCAGAUCCGUCUUGUGCCUGAAAAUGUGCCCCGAGUUGAGGUAACAUAUUCUUAUCCACACACACACAUCUGAGAAAACCUUGUUGCUUACUAUAAAAGUGUCAAAACGUGAAAAAAGUGCCUUACCAGAACAAACAAAGCUAUGCAACAUGACAUCUGUCCUUUCUAGUAUGUUUGCGCUGUAGUUCUUUGGGAUUAGCAGAAGGCUUUGGUGGCUUUUUGUUUUCGUCUUUAACCAAAACUGGAAUCCAUUUGAAUUUAAUUCAGUUUAAAUCCUCUCUUGCUAUCAGGCUGCAAAACUUUUAGGGUGAAAUUACCAAGACGAUCCCACAGUCGUCUCAAUCACGAGAUCCACUGGGCGAUAACGUGCUCCUGUAUGGCUCCUUGUAUGUGAUGGCUCUGCAUACCUCUGCAACCUUUUUUUUUUUUUUUUUUUUUGGAAAAAAUAAAGUUCCCAAUGCAAUACAA